AUGGAUCGGUUUAAUAAAGCAACUUUUGAAAUCCGAGACCUCAAUCCUGCUGUAGCGCUCCAUCACCUCACUACGGCCUUGAAACCCGGACCGUUUGUCAAUAGCAUUUGCAAAAAACCUCCUUCGGACAUGAAUGACCUACGGAGGAGAGCUGAUAAAUAUAUGCAGAUGGAAGAACUGGCUGAAUAUUGUAAUCAGGCUCGGGCCGAACCAGUAGCCAAAACCGAAAAGCAAACAGAGAAACCAUACAGGGGGCGAGGCAAGGAGCUAACUCUUCGGGAUCGACCUGCGCAGGGUCUGAAGUACUCCCACUAUACCCCACUAAAUGCAAGCCGAGCUGCAGUACUCGAGCAAGCGCGUCUAGCGGUUCCAAAGAGAGCAUCAACCCCCCCUAGGGCCGACACCAACAAGUCUUGUAGGUAUCAUCGCAAUCGGGGACAUUCUACUGAAGAGUGUGUCGCCCUGAAGGAUAGAAUUGAAGACCUCAUCAAGCAAGGACAACUCCAAAAUUUCAUCGAUCGGCCAAAUACAUCUCGGCAUCGCCCCUCGUACCAGUCUCAGCAGCGAGACCGAACUGAGCACUCAAAAAGACAUCGGCGUGAGCGCAGCAGAUCGCACGAUCGGAAAGAUGACCAACAAGUAUCGCAUAGGCGUGUGAUCAAUACUAUCGUCGGGGGCUUUGCUGGGGGAGGAUCAACUUCGUCGGCUCAAAAGAGACAUCUGCGAGCGGUUAGGUCGAUCAAUAGUGUCGAACAACGUCCAGGUCGGCGGAUGCCCGCUAUCACAUUUACCGACAAGGACUUUCAAGGGAUUGACCCGGUUCAAGAUGACCCUAUGGUCAUUAGUGUUGAGAUCCGUAAUUGCAUUGUGAAGAAAAUAUUGAUAGAUCAAGGCAAUUCGGCCAAUAUUCUAUACUGGAAUACCUUCAAACAACUUGGCAUCCCCGAGGAAGAGCUAACUCCUUAUAGUGAACCGCUUGUAGGUUUUGCAGGUGAGAGAGUCAACACGAGAGGAUUCAUCAAGCUCUCCACUUGGUUUUUCUUUGAUGAAAAGGAACAUCGAGACAUCCAGGUGAAAUACAUUGUUGUUCAAGCCAGCACAUCAUAUAACAUUCUACUGGGUCGGCCGUCGUUGAAUGCUUUGUGA